AUGGCUUCCAACCAGAAUACAGCUCAUAAUGUAGGUUUCGUUCGGACAAGUGGCAAGCGGACUGGCUCGUUGACUGCUAUACAGGUUCGUUCAGGCCGGGCGGGGAAUAUGACUUCAUCGGGGUUUAAUGGUGAGAGGACGCGAGGAGCUCCCUCGAGCAUGGGGACAGGCUUCGGUGGUGGAAAUGGAAACUGGAAUGGCAGUAUCUGGGGAAGCGGUUUCGAUGGUACGCAGCUAGUGGGACAGUUGUCUACUCGGGUGAUUGCCGCUGACAUGGACCUUACAGACCAGCACAGCGUGGAGAAUGCUUUCGAGGGCAAAGCUGGGUCAAGUUCUUUACUGUCGUCUUCCGAAUCUGAUGGCUGGAAUACCCGUCCUAACCUCCCAUGGACUACGAUCAACACAUCGGCGGCAACCUUGUCGCGAGCCCCGAAUAACGGCAUGACUACAUCUCCCGUACAAACACGGGCCAAUGAGCGCAGCGCAGCUGGUCUUCCUGAUGGUACCGACUCUUCCUCAUAUUUUGCCUUGCCCAAAUCGGGGAUUGGUUCAAGUGGCGGUGCUGGACAUAAAGCUUACCUGAGCACCGGGUCUGACGGCAUCUCACCGUCUGGCGAGGGCAUGAGCCUUGGCAAUUUCGGAAUGAGAAACGGUGAUAACAGGCGGCAGGUAAACACUUCUGCCUUUGGCGGAAGCCCUGUGGGAUCUGGGUUUCCCGUCAAGGCAGGGUUUACAAGCCCAUUAGACAAUCAAAGAUCUGAUGACGUGACCACAUCGUUGGGCAUGUCCACCCUGCAGUCUGCUCUACCUGAUUACAUGACGCAGCACAUUGGACGGAACUCAUAUUCCCACACUGCGCAUAACUCGGCUUCCUUCGCGCCACAGCGACCAUCGCACUCCACCUACCCGUCAUUCCACUCCGAAAGCCAAGGCUACGAGGGGCGGUCCGGUAGUGGCUCCGUCGAUCUUGGCUCUGGUCUCAACAAGCUGCAGCUGAAUGAGGGCAAUUUCUCGGGGCACCCGGCCCUUAACCGUCCAGCCUACUUACCACACAAAUCGUAUGAUGCCAGUCUGACGCGAUUGAAAUAUCACAACGGUAAUGACGAGGGCGAAUACCAACUUCCGCCCGGUUACGGUAAUGAAGGUGUUCCACCAGAGCUACCCUUGGGAUAUCAGCCGAGCAGAUCGCGGGUCCAGGACACAAAUCCCAUAUCUCCCACUGAAUAUCGCAUUGACAGCCCCUUUUACGCUCAGGAUAAUGGCGCACACUUUCGUACCGGUUCCGCAGGCCAGGUAACGGGCAAUGUGGCUGCACUGCUGGAGCAGAAGCUACGAGCUGACCAGGAGCUUUCACAGCAAGCGGUCAAUCCACUCCACAGGGUCCAAAUGCCUGCUGCUUAUGAUCUUGCCGGUUAUCAAGCACAGAGGCUCAAUGCCCUCUCUUUUUACCACCCUGUCGCCCAGAUUGGCGCAGCGGCUCUUGUCUCCCGGGGUCAUCGUGACCAUGAUCCUUCACAAGUGGUGCGGAGUCCAGUGUUAGAGGAGUUUAGGGCUCAAAACAAGGGGAACAAGCGCUACGAGCUAAAGGAUAUCUAUGGUCACAUCGUAGAAUUCAGUGGCGACCAGCACGGGUCGCGCUUCAUCCAACAGAAACUAGAGACCGCCAACAGCGAUGAGAAGGAACAGGUGUUCCGCGAGAUUCAGUCCAACAGCUUGCAGUUGAUGACGGAUGUGUUCGGCAACUACGUUGUUCAGAAGCUCUUUGAACACGGAAAUCAGACUCAGAAAAAGAUUUUGGCAAACCAAAUGAAGGGACACAUUCUAUCCCUGUCUACCCAAAUGUACGGGUGCCGCGUGGUGCAAAAGGCUUUGGAACACAUCCUCACCGAUCAGCAAGCAUCAAUGGUUAAAGAACUCGAGAACCAUGUUCUUCGCUGUGUUCGGGACCAGAAUGGAAAUCAUGUCAUUCAGAAGGCCAUCGAGAGAGUCCCAUCGCAAUACGUCCAAUUUAUCAUCAAUGCUUUCAAGGGCCAAGUUGAGCGACUGGCUACACACCCAUACGGGUGCCGUGUCAUCCAGCGCAUGCUGGAGCAUUGUGAGGAAGUUGACCGGGAGUCUAUCUUGGGUGAACUGCAUGCCUGCACGUCCAAAUUGAUCACAGAUCAGUUUGGCAACUAUGUCAUUCAGCAUGUCAUUGAGAACGGCGAAGACAAAGAUCGGUCUCGUAUGAUUGUGGUCGUCAUGUCGCAACUCUUGACUUACUCCAAGCACAAGUUCGCUAGUAAUGUGGUCGAGAAGAGCAUCGAAUAUGGCGAGGAGUCUCAACGCCGGCAGAUGAUCAGCACGCUGACGAGCGUCAACGAGCGAGGGGACAGCUCUCUGAUCAGCCUGAUGCGUGAUCAGUACGGCAACUAUGUGAUCCAGAAGAUCCUUGGGCAGCUGGACGACACGUCCGAAGAGAAGUACAGUCUGGCCGUACGCAUCCAGCCGAUGCUUGAUCAAUUGAAGAAGUUCAGUUAUGGCAAGCAGAUCGUGGCCAUUGAAAAGUUGAUUGGGGGGGUCGUGCCACCCUCCGGCGCUCCCCUGGCCCACGCAGCCACAUCCACGACGCCUCCCAACUCGCACAAGUCCUCCCCCCAGCCUUCCAAAAGGGCUGUGAAUGGUGUCGAGAACUGCCGUGCUCCUGUGGUUGGCGCCGCUCCGCCGACCCCGCCUCCCACCGAUACGCAGAGCAAUGCUGAUGGCUCUUCGGAAACCAAGCAUAUGGCGAAAACCACGGUGACGCCCUUGGCGGAAUGUGAGUCGGCCGAUCCGGUCACCAGCGACUCAGUCGAAGUCACUGGAAGCACCUAG